UAGGAAUUUCCGGUGACGUCAGAGCGUCAGGCCUCCAUUAGAGCUGCAGCUGUUUAGAGAGAAACAACAACAAAAACGGGCCAAGUGACAGACCGUCCGCCUCGGUUGACAGUCUGCUCUGAGCCCGUCAGACGAGGCCUCAAACCUGGAAGUUGAACCUUGUUUUCCCACCCGGAGCACCGCCGGCUUCUAACCACGGCCGCUCUCGGUGAGGAAACUCUGGCCUCCGCUUCCUCCUCCUCCGACUCGGACACCGGCGGAGCGUCGCCGCCCCCGCGGAAGAAGCACCGAGCCUCGGCGGCGGAGGGAGCAGGAGAGCCCGGGGCUUCAGCGGUUGUACCAGGCCUCCCCGGAGUUUUCUUGGGACUCGGAGCGCACUCUCAAGCCACAUCGACCAUCCAUUUUACCCGAAGUGCCGUCGGCAACCUGAGCAGCAGCAUGCAGGCAAAUGGAGCAGGACAGGGGCAGGAAUCCUCCGAUCUUUCUUGCCUGAGCGGAACACACAACGGCGAAUCGUCGUCGUCAACGGCGGCGGCAGCCGGGGGAGGGCACUCCAACGGACUCCUGCUGUCGGACAACGGGAACGGUGUGGGCACCAGCAAUGGGUCAUCGGCCGGGCCCGUUUGUGGGACUUCUGCCGCCACCCCUGCGGCCUCGGGCUCGGAGGUGGGAUCGCUGAAGAAGAAGAAGCGGUUGUCGCAGGCGGAGGAAGAUGUCAUCCGGCUCAUAGGACAACAUCUCCACGGACUGGGGCUCAAUCAGACGGUGGACCUGCUGAUGCAGGAGUCGGGCUGCAGACUGGAGCAUUCUUCAGCGACCAAGUUCCGCAACCAUGUCAUGGAAGGGGAGUGGGACAAGGCUGAGAAUGAUCUCAAUGAGCUGAGAGCACUGAUGCAUUCGCCCAACGCCAUUGUGCGUAUGAAGUUCCUGUUGCUGCAGCAGAAGUAUUUAGAGUACCUGGAAGACGGUAAAGUCCUUGAGGCCCUGCAGGUGCUGCGGGGGGAGCUAACGCCGCUCAAGUACAACACAGACCGCAUCCACGUCUUAAGCGGGUAUUUAAUGUGUAGCCAUGCUGAGGAUUUAAGGGCUAAGGCGGAGUGGGAAGGCAAAGGCACAGCCUCCCGCUGCCGACUGUUGGACAAAUUACAAACGUACCUGCCGCCCUCUGUCAUGCUGCCUCCUCGGCGGCUGCAGAACCUGCUGCGACAGGCGGUGGAGCUGCAGAGGGACCGCUGUCUGUAUCACAACACCAAGCUGGACAGCAGCCUGGAUUCUGUGUCGCUGCUCAUGGAUCACGUCUGCAGCAGGAAGCAGUUCCCCUGUUAUACCCAGCAGAUCCUGACCGAGCACUGCAACGAGGUUUGGUUCUGUAAGUUCUCCAAUGACGGCACCAAGCUAGCCACCGGCUCCAAAGACACCACUGUCAUUGUUUGGCAGGUGGACCCCGAGAGCCACCAGCUUAAGCUGCUGCGCACUUUGGAGGGCCACGCUUAUGGGGUCUCUUACCUCGCCUGGAGUCCUGACGACACUUACCUGAUCGCCUGCGGACCCGACGACUGCUCUGAGUUGUGGCUCUGGAACAUUCAGACGGGAGAGCUGCGGACCAAGAUGUCGCAGUCCCACGAGGACAGUCUGACCAGCGUGGCCUGGAACCCAGACGGCAAACGCUUUGUCACAGGAGGUCAAAGGGGGCAAUUCUAUCAAUGCGAUCUGGACGGUAACCUGUUGGAUUCGUGGGAGGGUGUGAGAGUGCAGUGCCUGUGGUGCCUUAGCGACGGCAGGACGGUGCUGGCCUCAGACACCCACCAACGUAUUCGAGGAUACAACUUCGAGGACCUUACAGACAGAAACAUAGUCCAGGAGGACCACCCUAUCAUGUCUUUUACUGUUUCCAAGAAUGGAAGAUUAGCUGUGUUAAAUGUAGCAACUCAGGGAGUGCACUUGUGGGACCUGCAGGACCGAGUGCUGGUCAGGAAGUACCAAGGUGUGACCCAGGGCUUCUACACAAUCCACUCCUGCUUUGGAGGACACAAUGAAGACUUUAUUGCCAGCGGCAGCGAAGACCACAAAGUGUACAUUUGGCACCGACGAGGGGAACUUCCCAUCGCAGAGCUGACGGGCCACACGCGCACCGUCAACUGCGUGACCUGGAACCCGACCAUCCCGGGACUCAUGGCGUCUGCCUCAGACGAUGGCACAGUGCGCGUCUGGGGUCCAGCGCCCUUUCUCGACUCGCAGGAGGCAGACGGUCUCAACGAGAACUGCAGUAAGAUGGACAGUUGAUGGAUAAUUCUCUGGGAACGACAAUCCGAGAAUCUUCAUCAGUACUUCGAAAAAUAAAAAAUCCGAACGGGGCAAAUUUUAACACCGACAUACAAACAAGCCACCACAACAAGAAGACAACAAUGACACCAAGUGUCUCGCCGACUGAUGGUGAAGGCGAUGAUGGACCAUUUGAGGUCCAUCCCAUCCCACCCAUCGACCCACUGGCCCGGAGAAGCAGUCCAGCAAGGAUGUCCCCACCACCACCACCCCCUAUCAUGGGUGAGCAGCAGUUAUCCCCCUCCCACAGAACCCCUUCUACCGCAGAACGUCCGUUGUCAUUGAACUACACCUGUCUGUACCUGUGUAACAUUAGAAAAAGAUGUGGGCUUUUUGGGGUAUAGCAACUUUUCUAACUGACACCACGCACAAUAAAAGGCUAUGGUAAAUGUUAUUUAUUUACUGAUAGUCUUAAAUAUUAUUAUCAUUAAUUCAUUAGAUAAAUCUAAUGUGCAGAUUCCUCUUCGUUUCACAAAAUUAGGAAAUUAAACAUCUGCCACCCUCCCGCCACCUCUUAGAUUGAACUAAAAUGUAUCCUCGCAACGACUGCUACUUGUACACAACCCCACUAUAGCAUAAAAUGAGGAGGGGCAUCACAGGUUGCAUAUCGGUGUGUGUGCGCGCGUGCAUUGGGGAAAGCUGGUGGUGGCUUUGCUUUAGGGGCAUAAUACUGUGAUCUCCUGCCAAUAACAAAAAAAAACGCUUCCCAUUGCACUCUUGUGUGCAAGUGUGCAUGCACGUGUGUGUAUGUGUGGGUUCGAGUGUUAAAUUCGCACCAGCAAAAGAUUCCAUUUCCCUAUUCUUAUCACAUAGUAAAUUGUAAAUCCGAAUUUUUAAAAACCCAAUUCUAAGUUAUCCAAAGCCCUUAGGACCUCAAUCUGUGUAAUAAAGAAUACUUGAGAGCCAUUUUGUAAAAAAGUUUUUUUUGUUUUUUUUUAAUUUAAAUUUAUUUUAAAUCUGGGGCUUUAAUUUUUACACUUCAUGUGGCAUUUUUCAACUGCACUGUGUUCAAAACAGUUUAAAGAUAGGUUUCUUUCUAAAGAGAAGUAAAUAAUUUGACUAAUUGCAAGAUGGAAGACACCAAUGACUCUUCUUUGUUAAGGGAGUGUUAUUUCAGUACAUACGAUAUUUAAAAUGCACAAACGCAUGAACUGGGUUCCUGUUGGUAUAGUCGCACAAACACGACAACAAGCGUCUCCCCAUUUAUCGUUAUCUUCCUUUAUUCAUUUAAUUAGACUCCCCUAUGCAACCAAAACAGCAAUGACUGAUUCUGUCAUUGGUGAGCUUUUAGAGAAUUCACCCCCUUUUUUGCGCAGUGUCCAUUCAAAAGCUUUUUUCAGGGUAUGUAAUGACUAUUUGCCACAGACUGAGAUACAGUAAAACAUGUUUAAAAAAAAAACAGUGCUUUUCUGUUUGUUUUUAUUGAAAAUUUGUUACUUUAUUAUUAUUAUUUUUUUGUUCACAUUAUGUCUUUUUCUUUUUUGGUU